AAGGAAAGAAAGAAAGAAAGAAAGAAGGAAAGAAGGAAGAAAGGUGGAAAUGGAACUGCCAAAUCAUGCCAAACACCUGCUGCUGCAACUCAACCAGCAGAGAGCCAAAGGCUUCCUCUGUGAUGUUAUCAUUGUGGUGGAGAAUGCACUCUUCCGUGCCCACAAGAACAUUCUGGCCGCAAGCAGCAUUUACUUCAAAUCUUUGGUCCUCCACGAUAACCUCAUUAACCUUGAUACGGAGAUGGUUAAUCCCUCUGUAUUCAGACAAGUGCUGGACUUCAUCUACACUGGGAAGCUCCUGUCCUCAUCGGACCAGAGCAGUGAGCAGAACUUCAGUGCCCUCUUAACCGCAGCCAGCUACCUCCAGCUCCAUGACCUCGCUGCUCUGUGCAGAAAGAAGCUUAAGCGCAGUGGUGGGAAACCUGUGCCAGGUAAACCUUCCACUCCAGGUCCCCAUAGCCGCUUACGUAUCAACAACCAACGACUGUCCUCCUCAACCCCUGCUGGCCCAAACAACCAUUAUCCUCCAACACCUGACACAGACCAGCCACAGCCAGAUGAAGGUCUUCGGGACAAACUCUCAGAUGAUGAAAUGUUUGUUGGCAGCUCUGGGAAGAAUGGGAACAGUGGUAAUGGCAGCAGUAACGGUAACCUCAGUAGUGGAGGGAGUGCUGGAGAACCAGACCUUGGACUAGACCUGUCAAAGAAGAGCCCUCCCUCUUCAGGCACAGCCACUGAUGCCCUGAGCCCACAUAGUAACUCACAAGAAUCCCCUCAAUCUGCCUCAGUAUCCACAACCAACAGUGCCUCACUGGAUGACUCCUCUGCCACCCUACUAGGUGUAGACACAGAAACCAUGGAGCUCAACCCUUCCUCUAAAACCUCAGAGGAAACCCAAAACCAGCUUGAUGGGGCCCCACCCCAGAAGAAGUCCCGGCAAGGUUCUCGCAAGAAUGAAUGGCCCAAGAGAGAGGCAACAGGGUUAAAACCUGAAGACCACGAGAGGCCUCUGGUUAAUGGGGUGAUAGUUGGUCCCAAAGAUGGCCGUUCCUCUGGGGUUGGAAGGGGUAGUGGUAGUAGCUUUGCCUCUGACCAAUCCUUCCAAUGUAAAGAUGAGGAAGAAGGAGGAGAGAAUGGCCAGGACCACAGUGAUGAGAGUGGUCAGAGUGAUGGAGAGAGUGCAGGAGGUAGAGGAGGAACCGGAGGGGGACAUCAAAACACCAACUAUGUGUACAGACAGGAAGGUUUUGAGCCAGCAUUUGGAGACAACCUCUAUGUGUGCAUUCCUUGUGGUAAGGGCUUCCCCAGUUCUGAGCAGCUCAAUGCUCACGUGGAGACGCACACUGAGGAUGAGCUCUACAUCAAAGAGGAAGGAGGGACCUUUGUGAAAGAGGAAGAUGAAGAGGAAGCAGAGGACCUGUCUGCCCCAGUAGGUCCUUCCAGCUUAGGCUCUGAGCGUCCAUUCAAGUGCACAGUCUGCAGUAGGAGCUACAAAGACCCAGCAACGCUGAGACAACAUGAAAAGAGCCACUGGCUGACCAGGCCUUUCCCUUGCAACAUCUGUGGCAAAAUGUUCACCCAGAGGGGCACCAUGACACGCCAUAUGCGCAGCCACCUUGGCCUAAAGCCAUUUGCAUGUGAAGAGUGUGGCAUGCGCUUCACUCGCCAGUACCGUCUGACAGAGCACAUGCGUGUCCACUCUGGGGAGAAGCCGUAUGAAUGCCAGCUGUGCGGUGGGAAGUUUACCCAGCAGCGUAACCUCAUCAGUCACCUGAGAAUGCACACCUCACCCUCUUAGAACUGCAUCAAGCCAAAGAACUCUGGGAAUAGAAAACAAAAUUCUCUACUUUUUUUCCAUCUCAACAGGAAAGAAACGCACACAAACACAUUCACAUGCAAACAUGCAUAGUACUUCAUAUGAAUUCCAGUUUACAGUGCCCCGGCUAAGUGAAUGAUGUUGCUGUUGGUGACAGUGGGAUCUUGUUGAUGCAAGAAUCAUGUCAUCAUUUAUAUAAUUUGCUCACCUCUCAGGAGUUCUAGAUGAACUAUUUACUCCUGUCACUCUCCAAAGUCACGAAGCCAUGGUGGAGUGGCAUGACCUGUUGUCCGUGCUGCAAGUCUAUCAAAUGUGAAUGUGGGUACUACUAUAAAGCCCCACCACCACCACCUCAUACCCCCACCAACAACCUUCCACUGCUCGACACUGAGUGAUGGUUCUUGGAGUUUUUCAGAUUGUUCCUCAAACGGAUGAACUCAAGAGUCCCCUCUGCACUUCAGUGCUAUUUUGACCAAAAACCCGUGCAAACAGUACUGGCAAUAAUUCAGCAAAAAGAUUAUUUUUACCCUGACAGCUUUAUAUCCUUUAUGUUGGUGAUGGGGAUCUGUAUGUAACAGAAGGGAUAACUGGGUUUGGGACCAUCUGCAUGCUUUAACUGAAAGUCCUGAAAGAAGGUCCUUGGUGGGAUACCAUUGAAUUAAGAUUUAGUUUUUACAGGCAACAAAUAUUCUAAGUCCUCUACAGCUUUUCACGUUAAUAUAUAUAUAUAGAGAGAGAGAGAGGGGAUUUUUCAUUGUUUUCAAUUUUGCCUGCUAGUCCUUCCAGGAGAAAUUACUGGUUGGAAAGAUGAACCCUUUGAGGUACUUGUUUUACUUAAAAGAGCUUGUAAUGUUUCAGUGAAUGUUAAAACUGGAAGGUCUUGGGAUUUUACUCGUGGAGGGGAGGGAUUUGGUUUGGGGUGGGGAUUUAAUGGGGGUAAGAAAAGGGUGUUUUAGUCUGGACGUUAUGUUCAGUGGGUACGUUUUGAUUAUUGCUUUUCUUUUUGUCUGUAUAGCUUUCCUCCCCUCAGAAAAAAAGAAAAAAAAGUCUAUUUGUAUAGACUUCUGACCUUGCUACCUCUGAUUACUCUUACAAACUCUGUUGUUUAGUUUAAAGUUCAUAUGUAAUUAAUUGUAAAAAGUGUGUAGAUUAUGGUAACUUUUCACCGAAUGCUUUAACCUGCCCAACUCUCAACACAGGUUUUUUUUUAAUGGUCAUAGAUUUUACACUUUAAUAUUGUUUUAACUAUUGUUUUACUUGUCAAAUAUAGCUUUUUGGGUGCCAUGCUCAGUGUGGCCCCGCUUCAAAGUGUACUGUAGCUACCUGCCUGGAGCAAAUAGUUAGUUAGUUAGUGUAGAUGUAUAGUGUUCCAAAGAUCUUAUGAAUGUUGAGGAGAACAGAGCUAACUAACAAACAUUGCUAGACAAGUUCAUAACCAAAGUUUUUAAAAAGAUGUACUUAAGAUAUAUAGCAUACUAAAUUAUUUUGCUUUUGAUUUUUCUUUUUGCUGUAUAAAACAAAUUAUGAAUUAUAUUCUAAGUCCAGACAAAGAAAUCCACUGUUGAUGGAGUUUUGGCCAAUGACUCUGAGACUGAGGAAGGUUCUUGCAGUUUGCAAGGAAAGCUUGUGCUGAUUGGUGGGCCGGUAUAAUGUGAACUUCACCACAUUACGGAACUGGUAAAGUUUAAAACAUGUCCCCUGUACAUGUUUGUUUUUUGUUUUGUUUUUUCCCCCCCAGAGUCCUUAUCACUUUAUAUUCCCUGACUUUAAAAACAGGACAUGAUGACAUUGUGUAUGUUCUUUUCAGACCAAAAAAAAAGAAAACAAAAGAUAAAAAAAGAUAAGAAUUAUAAUCAGAAUUUAAAUGUGAAGUUCAAGUUGCUUGUUAGUUUUUUUUGAGCCAGACUUGUGAAAACUUGUAAUAAGAAGGGAGGCGCAGAGAUGCACUGGACAGCUGGACAACUCAUUGUCUCCUACAGCAUCCUUAGAUUGUAUUUCAUUUUAUCACAGAAUUAUUAUAAAUUAUUUUAAACCCUUAAAGCUUUACCUCAAACAACCAUGAGUUGGGAAUGACUCCUCUUUUUUUCUGGGGGUUUCACGUAAACCUGUCCAGUGUAUCUACUCUAAACAGUUACUCUGUGGAGCAUGAACCUUCACUACAAGUUUUUGGUAUAGGCAUUCCUCUAUUAUGUUGGAUUAAGUGUCCUCUUGGUUUUUAAGAAAUUCCUCUUUUUUUCCUUACGUUAUGGUCUGUGAAAUAUUUGUCAUCAGGACACCACUGCAGUUACGAACAUUCAUUUUAAGGUACCUGCGUCCUGGACUCCCAGAGUUGUUACUUGGUUAUGAUGGAUGUUGGUGUCUUGCUGUUUUGAGCUGUCACAUUUUUAGGGAUUGCAUGGUACAUCUGUGAAAUCUUCACACUCCUUACCCCCAACCCCCGACCACAAACAUGUUAUUUAUCGCCUGAUCUGUUGUUGCUUGUGUUCUCUUCUGGCUUUAGAGGGAGUCCACAAUGCAUUGCCUUCAAAUGUUACAUGUACUUGUCAGCACUUAGUGCAGUACAGCAUAAUGUCUGUCAUGCAAAAGGUGUUUUUGUAGAACAAGAUCUGUAGCCAUCUCUGCAGAAGACUUUGCAGCUGCAUUUGAAUGCUCGCAUAACGAAGAAAAAAAACCUCCAAACUCCAAACUGUGACCAUACUACUACUACUACUAUUGCUACUACUAAUACUACUACUACUACUACUAGUACUACUACUAUUCAAAUACUUCAGGGAUUGUUCUGCAUCUGUGAAUGCAGACUCUCAGCUACAUUUGUAUGACAUAGUAUUGUAUCAAUUUCUCUGUAUUUUAAUCAUAUGGAAAAAGCAAAACACUAGUUUCAUAUUUAAGAUAUACAGGGGGGUACUUUAUCAACUAACACAGAGAGCCUUGACAAAGGCCAGGCAGCUUGAAACAAGUCUACAUUUGAGUUAGUUACACAGUAAAUAGUUGCAAAGUUGUACAAAGAACUUAAAAGAAAAAAAAAAAAAGAGAGAGAGAGA